GGCAGUAUUCUCGGUCACCUGGUUUGCAAUCCAGCACUCGGGAUUUUAUUGCAAAACUUGUACCUGUCGUUGCUACGUACCAAGGCCAUCAGCAAAUAUCCGAUAAUUUUGAAGUUAGUCACCUUUGCCUUCCUCCAUGGUGUCUGUGCUCCCCAGUGUCUGGCUGAAUCUUUGACGAACAUUAUUCUAUUGAUUCUGACAAUCUUUUCCAAGCCACCAGUACAAAAUGCCGAAGAAUAAGGGAAAGGGAGGUAAAAAUCGUAGGAGAGGAAAGAAUGAGAACGAAACUGAAAAACGAGAGUUGGUCUUCAAAGAAGAUGGUCAAGAAUAUGCUCAAGUCACAAAAAUGCUGGGCAACGGUAGGCUGGAGGCGAUGUGUUUCGACGGAGUCAAACGACUGUGUCACAUACGAGGAAAGCUUCGCAAGAAAGUAUGGAUCAAUCAGGGUGAUAUCAUUCUGAUAGGUCUUCGUGACUACCAAGACGCCAAGGCUGACGUUAUUCUCAAGUACACGUCCGACGAGGCGAGAAAUUUGAAAACAUACGGAGAAUUCCCUGAAACUGUUCGCAUCAAUGACACAGUUACAUUCGUGGAAGACGGUUUUGAUGAAGAUAUUGAGUUCGGUGACGAAAUCAGCGACGAUGAUGAGGAUGAUGUCGAUAACAUCUGAUGAGCUACACCGCCAUAGUCCUAGCAAUGGUAGAUUAAGAAUUGGUAACUUCACACCGGCAAAUUAAAAUCAGCGCCAAUAAAAAAUCUCCAAUAAAUAAAUAAUUUUCAUUCAUUCGAAAUAAAUCGAUAAAUUCCGACGACACGUGACAAAUUUUUAACUCGAUUAAUCGAGCAUAUAAGUAAUUGUAUCUAUAAAUAAACUACCAUGAUCUUUUUUCCAA